AUGGCAUUUCAAGCAACAAUCUUGGUUUUCUUGAUUUCUUUUCUGGUACUAAUGCUAGCAACAUGCUGUAAUGCUGGUGGAAUUGCUAUCUACUGGGGCCAGUAUGAUGAGGAAGGCACCCUGGCAGAGACUUGCGCCGCAGGAAAAUAUGAUUUUGUGAACGUUGCUUUCCUGCCUAAGUUCGGCAAUGGUCGCAGACCCAUGCUAGACCUUGGUGGUCAUUGUGAUCCAUCUGGUAAUGGCUGCACUGGUUUAAGCUCUGACAUAAAAUUAUGUCAAGCCAAGGGCAUCAAAGUUAUGCUUUCCAUUGGUGGAGGUGCUGGCUUCUACUCUCUUGCCUCAUCCGAUGAUGCCAGGCAAGUGGCAACAUACCUUUGGAAUAACUUCUUGGGAGGACGCUCACCGACUCGUCCGCUAGGACCAGCUGUUCUUGAUGGAAUUGACUUUGACAUUGAGCUGGGAACAAAGCAACACUGGGAUGAUCUUGCGAGGUACCUUAAAGGGUAUAGUAAGCAAAGCAGCAAAAAAGUGUACUUAACUGCAGCUCCUCAAUGCCCUUUUCCUGAUGCAUUUCUAGGAAGUGCCCUUAACACAGGUCUUUUUGAUUAUGUGUGGGUCCAAUUCUAUAACAACCCUUCUUGCCAGUACUCCUCUAGUGAUAUUAACAGUUUUGAAGAUGCAUGGAAGCAAUGGUUAUCAGAUAUCCCUGCUUCAAAGAUUUUCCUAGGGCUGCCUGCAUCUCCUGAAGCUGCUGGAAGUGGCUUCAUUCCUGUGGCUGAUCUCACUUCCAAAGUUCUUCCUGCCAUUAAGGAUUCUCCUAAGUAUGGCGGCAUUAUGCUGUGGUCCAAGUUUUAUGAUGAUCAAACUGGUUACAGUUCUUCCAUCAAGAGCCAUGUCUAAAAUUUAAAUCAAGAUUAUCUUAGCAGGGGUUUGUUAUUUAUUGAAUUUAUCAAUUGGAUUUUCCUUGCCGUGUAGGACAAUUUUAAAAUUCACUAAUGUUUCACUUUCCCUGUUCGCACAUCAGUCUACUUCUGAUGC